AUCUGUCUUCAAGCACGACGUGGCCGCGUCGCAGCAACUCCGUGCCAACCACCGCUCUUUAUCACCGCAACCUUUGCUUUCCCGUCUCCCGCCUCUCUCCGCCAUGUGCAUUGCCAUCAAGUGCCGGCGAUGCCCAUGAGAAUGCCUCUGCGCACCAGCGCCGUCCUGCUGCUGGCGACGCUGCUGGCCCUCGUCUGGCCGGCGUGCGCCCUAACGACCCUCGACGACGAUGACCUGCGACAUAUCCCCUCGCCCGGCGACGACUUCGAUAUUCACAAUGGCAAGCUGUUGGCGCCGAUACUGAUCCCCCGCGUGCCGGGAACCGAGGGCUCAGAGAAGACGCAGCGCCACUUUGUCGAUUUCUUCAAGAGUAACUUGCCGGAAUGGCAAGUCCUCUGGCAGAACUCGACAUCAAGGACGCCCGUGACGGGUGACCGGGACGUGCCGUUUGCGAACCUCAUUUUUCGGCGCGAUCCGCCCGGAGCGCCGGCGGGAGAGGUCUCGCGGCUGACGCUCGUCGCGCACUUUGACAGCAAGUACGAGCCGACGGGAUUCAUCGGCGCCACCGACAGCGCCGCGCCGUGCGCCAUGCUGAUGCACGUUGCGAGGAGCAUUGAGAACGCGCUCAAAGCGAAAUGGAGCGCCGACGGGGACCAUGAUGGGCUUGACGUGGCACACGGAAUGCAGAUUGUGCUGCUGGACGGCGAGGAGGCAUUUCUACACUGGACGGACGACGACUCCCUGUACGGCGCAAGGUCUCUUGCUUCAGAGUGGGAAUCUCACUUCCAUUCUUCCAUGUCUACAUAUCGAACGCCGCUCGACUCCAUCAGCCUCUUUGUGCUGCUCGACCUGCUCGGCUCGGCGGGCCCCAAGAUCCCCUCCUACUUCCUCACGACGCAUUGGGCAUACAAGAACAUGGCCCUCAUCGAGAAGCGCAUGCGCGAUCUCGGGCUGCUCGAGAGCAAACCGACGCACGCCUUCUUGCCCGAAACCGAUAAGCACCCCGACCAAUUUUCGGGGUGGAUGACCAUUUCCGACGACCACGUCCCAUUUAUGCACCGUGGCGUGGACAUUCUCCAUGUCAUCCCGUCGCCCUUCCCGGAAGUCUGGCACAAGAUGGAAGACGACGGCGAGCACCUGGACCUGCCGACCGCGCGCGACUGGGCCAAGAUCGUAACGGCCUUUACAGCCGAGUGGAUGGACCUCAAGGGUCACAUGCCGAAGCAGAGCUCAACAAAGGAGAAGCGAAGCGUGACCGCCGCUGCUUCGAGCUCGAGGACUGAGUUGUAGGAAUCGUAUCCUAGACUUUUUGCAUGGAAUCUCUGGCGUCGGCGUUCUUUGUGCGUGUGCGGGCCAGGCUUGGUCUAAUAGAAGACAGCGAAGCUUGCAAUCACGGCCACUAGAGCGGCACGUAGAUUGCUUCUGAAUACGUACAGCCCUUGAUUUCUCUUGAGGGAACAUGCCAAAUAAUUCCCCAAGGUUUGGGCCCUGAUCAAUGCGCACUUGGCAUCGUUCCGCUCCGUG